CUCGAAUCAUAACAAAUCCUACUUGCUGUAAUCACAUAGCAAAUCACACCACACAUUCACAGCCAUGGACAAGAUCAAGGAGAAGCUUCACAUUGGCAGCAGCCGCCGCAAGUCGCAGCCCGAGAACGACACCAUCGGACACUCGUCCUCAGGCCAUGGCGUCGGCACCAUUGAAGACAACCGCGACUCAAUCGACUCGGAGCUCGCCUCGAUGCCGCCCCACGAGCGCGUCGCGUACCUCCAGGAAUUCGAGCACAGCGACAAGCACGACGAGCCCAAGAAGGGCGGCCUGAUCGAGAAGCUGAUUGCCCGCGGCAACAAGCGGACCGAGGAGCAGUUGGCGCUCGAGGCCAAGGAGCGCGAGCAGGCGCAGGCGCAGAGGCAGGCGCAGAGUGCGGGUGUGGGUGCGAGCACGUCGGGGGCAGAUGGGGUUAUUCGUUAAGGGUUGAGGAUGUGGAGUGACAGAGUUCAAUGGCAUGUGCUCUUUGGAAGAAGACUGUACUUUACGAUUUCGACGGUGGAUUGGACUGGACUGCCAAAUGUGUACAUGAUCGGUAUGAUCCGAAGAAUGAUAUUCCUACAAGCUGGCUG